ACACGUGGCCAACGUAGAAAAGGGCCCUAAACACGUGGCCAAUCUUACAUUGCCUCUUCCACUUCCUGUUCCUAUUCUACACUUCUUAUGCUCUCUCUUAAUCAUAAGAAUCCCCUUGACCCUUGCAAUUGAUGGCUCGACCAGCUGUCCAGUGACCAUAUCUCCAAUAUAAGGCUAUUGGACCAUACCCAUCUUCUCGAACUCUCUAGGCAGCUCCUCCUUUCAUUCACAACCUCGUAAUGGAGGAGGAGAAGACGAAAGCAUGCAACGAUUGCGGAAGUGGUACCGGCUUCGACAGCGAUUCUCUGACUUUGCUUGGUCAGUCGCCAGGGGACUUGCCUAGCUACCAGCCGGUUUGCCUCUGGGAAUCAGAGAAGAACAACAAAAUGGAAAGAGGAUGUUGUGAAGAGUCUGGCCUAACCACCAUCCGUUCGUCAUAGGGAGAUUUGGGGAAAGGGGAGAAGCUUCCACCACCAUUAGGUCAUCGUAGGAAGCUUGGGAACUAAUUUUGGCAAUUUGGGGUUAUGGGUAAAUCGAUGGCCGAGAUCAAUCCUAGGCUGAAUCAAACGGUGUCCUGCUAGGUUGCAGGAAACUUACCGUAGAUGUGUCUGCAUCCCACUGGACCCCUUAUAUCAAUUAGGCGCUAUUUAUAUUCUAAUUGUCGUCGAAGUACGUAACUUCUGACUUGUUAAGGUGAUGACUAGAGGAGGGACCCAGCUACCUGCCCACUUGAAGCAAUUAUUAUGACCACAAUAAUUAAGUUUGUUUAUAAAAAAAAAUAUGAAUAAGUUGGCAUUAGAUUUAUUAUCAUCAAAGAAAUGCAAAUUAAACCCCCCAAAAAAGAAAUAUUCAAAGGACGUACGCUAUAUAUUAAAUACACUAGCCUGCUUAGCAUGCAUCAUUCUCUGAAAGCAUACCAACCAACUAGCUAGGUAGCACAAAUGAGCUUAUAGAGCAAAUCGCUUCAAUGGGUUCUGAUGAGGAACAUGAAUUAUCUCCAAAGCUUCCAUUCAUAGAUUUCUCAUCAGAGCAGCUGAAACCAGGCACUCCCAUCUGGGAUUCCUUGAAACCCCAAGUUCGAGAAGCACUUGAACACUACGGCUGCUUCGAGACAUCCUUUGACGACGACAACACGGUCAAUCCUGGCAAGCUUCGGCGUGAUGUUUUCAGUUCAUUGGAAGAGCUUUUCGAUCUGCCUUUGCACAUCAAACAACAGAGCGGCGUUGCUCAGCCGUUUCAACAUGGUUACGCGGCGCCGAAUCCUUUCUACCAGAGCUUUGGAAUGGACCAUCCCAAUUCGCUCGACGCGGUCCAAACCUUCACCAAAACAUUGUGGCCCCGUGGAGGAAACCCAAGUUUCAGCAACAACAUUCACUCCAUGGCUGGGGUGGUUUCCGAAUUCGAUCGCACCGUGAGGAGAAUGAUACUCGAGAGUUUUGGGGUUGAGAAAUACAUAGACGAGCAUCUGAGCUCCACAACGUACCAUUUUAGGGUUAUGAAAUACGAAGCCGUCCAACCUCAUGGUGAGACAGAACUUGGGCUACGAGUUCACACGGAUAAGAGUUUCAUGACCGUGUUGUGCCAAAACGAUGUUGGAGGGCUGGAGCUUCAAACCAAGAGAGGGGAAUGGGUUAAGUUCAAACCCACUUCUCCUAGUUCUUUCGUUGUUCUCAUCGGUGAUGCUCUUCAUGUAUGGCUGAAUGGUAGGGUACAUUGUCCCAAACACAAAGUUACUUUGCAUCAUUUACAUGAUAAGUCGAGAUACUCUUUUGGACUUUUCACAAUCCCGAAGCCAGACUAUGUUAUAAAAGCCCCAGAAGAGUUGAUCGACGAGGAACACCCCUUGAGGUUCAAGCCCUUUGCUUAUAAGGAGUAUUUUGGUUUGGCGUACAGCAAGUCUGGGGUAAAAGACGCUUCUAUACUACAUGUGCCAAUGUUUCCUCCACCCAUUGUUACAUCGAAACUCUGAUUUUGACAGGAAUAUUGGGCGGAGGUUAUAUGUACAUGAAAUUUACCUAGAUCCACCUUUGAGUAUAUUUGAGAAAAAUACAAAGUAUAACAACAUUUAUGCAUAUAGCUCAUUUUAAAUUGCGUUAGAUCUAGUUUAUUUUGCGAGAAACCAAAUAAAAAAUAUAUGCCUAGCAAGAAAGUGACCCAAAAAUAAAGAUCCAACUAUAUAUAUUACUAAAACAACGAUAUCAAACAUGAAUAAUUAGUUCAUAUCUAGACCGACAUCUCCUAGCUCCUUCGUCGUUUUGAUCGGCGAUGCUUUUCAUGUAGGUCGAUCAAUCUGCUUUCUCUUCUGGCAAGUUAACUUGAUUCUCUAUAUAACCGGCUGAAAGAUGGUGAAAAUCCAAGCAAAUUAAUUAUGUGUGGUUCCAAUAAUUUGAGUUGUUGUGAGAAGUACAUGUAUGGUUUUAAUUACUUUCUUACACACGUAUCCCAAAUGAAAGUCUACUUAUGGGAUUGAAGUUUGCAUAGGCUCACCAUAACAUGUGCAUGCUUUAAGUCAACAUUUAAUAUUGGGGUUCGGAGGAUUUGACCACGUGAUCUAAAGGACAAAUAAGCUCUAAUACCAUGUUGGGAGAUGUCCAUAUAUGGAUAUUAACAAUUUGACCCCAAUAACUCUAAUUGUUGAGAGAGAUCCUUGUAUAGAUCUUAAUUGUGCUCUCGUGUAUUUAUGUGUUUACAGGUAUGGCUGAAUGGUAGAGUUCACUGUCCCAAGCACAAGGUUAUGUUGUGUCAGUUACAUGAUAAGACAAGAUACUCAUUUGGAUUUUUCACAAUCCCGAAGCCUUGAAGCCCGAGUACAUUAUAAAAGCUCCAGAAGAACUGAUCGACGAAAAACACCCCUUGAGGUUCAAGCCCUUUGCUUAUCAAGAGUAUUUUGCUUUGGCUUAUAGCAAGCCUGGGGCGAAAGACGAUUCUAUACUACAUGCACAUUAUGGGAUUUGAAACUUAAUCAUAGUUUGUAAUGAUUGAACUUCAACUCAGCAUGUCUGUCUGUCAACAUAUAUGUAAUAAUAUCGACGUGUGUUACCUUUACUUCGUGUGAUGAUUGUCCAUCGCUUAGGUUCAAUGAAACAACAAUGAUACCGAUUAAUUGUACCCGCCACAUUAUAAAAUCAGCCUGAGUCAGCAAGAAUUUGGUCUUGAAAUGUCCCAUUUAGCCUAAUAACCAAGUCUCAUUUCGACCCAAAUCCCUAAAAAAUCCCUCAAGUCAAAAUUGAUGAUCCAAAUGACCCCUUAAACUCGAUCGUGAAUUUUUCAUUUUGCUGACAUAAUAUGAUCUCAUUUAGGUAUAACGAAUUUCUUAUACAUAUGCUUAAUCAGCCCUGAUCUCAUUUGGGGUCCAUUGACAUAUGGGGAUUUGAUAGGACAAUUCAAAUAAUAAAUAAAAAAAAUACUAAUAGGCAUG